UGUUUCUUAAUAUGAAGAAAAGCAGUGGCCGGACAGGUCGAAAGAGAAGAAGAAGAAAACACUUGCAGAGUUUUAUGGAUGGAGUCAACAGCAGUCACAAGAUGGAAUACAUUAAACUUAAGAAGUGGCUGAAAGACAGAGGAUUUGAAGACAAUAAUUUAAGGCCAGCACAAUUCUGGGAUACAGGAAGAGGAUUGAUGACAACAAAAGCUCUUCAGGCAGGGGAUCUGAUUAUUUCAUUGCCUGAGAAAUGCUUACUCACCACGGGCACUGUCCUUAGUAGCUGCUUAGGAGAAUACGUUAUGAGGUGGAAGCCUCCUGUAUCUCCUUUGAUAGCACUGUGCACAUUUUUAAUAGCAGAGAAGCAUGCUGGUGAGAAAUCUCUGUGGAAGCCGUAUCUUGAUGUUUUACCCAAGACAUACACUUGCCCUGUUUGUUUGGAGCACGAUGUAGUAAGCCUUCUUCCUCAACCAUUAAGAAAGAAGGCCCAGGAGCAGAGAAUGACGGUCCACGAGUUGUACAUGUCUUCCAAGGCUUUUUUCUCUUCCCUGCAGCCUUUGUUUGCUGAGAACACAGGAACUGUUUUUAACUACAGUGCUCUGGAGUGGGCUUGGUGCACUAUUAAUACCAGGACAAUAUACAUGAAACAUUCACAGAGGGAAUGUUUUUCUCUUGAGCCAGAUGUUUAUGCAUUGGCACCAUAUUUAGAUUUGCUAAACCACAGUCCAAAUGUUCAGGUAAAGGCUGCAUUUAAUGAGCAGACAAGAAGCUAUGAAAUUUGGACAAAUUCACAGUGCAAAAAAUACGAAGAAGUAUUUAUCUGCUAUGGGCCUCACGAUAAUCAGCGACUGCUACUAGAAUAUGGAUUUGUUACCAUGAAUAACCCUCACAGCAGUGUUUAUGUCUCAUCAGAUACUCUCCUCAAAUAUUUUCCACCACUGGACAAGCAGAGAAAUGCAAAAAUUUCCAUUCUAAAGGAUCAUGAUUUCUUAGAAAAUCUGACCUUUGGGUGGGAUGGACCAUCUUGGAGACUCCUCACAGCCCUCAAGUUGUUAAGUCUUGGAGCAGAUGAAUUUACUUGCUGGAGGAGAACGCUGCUUGGUGAUGUAAUUUCAGCCAGAAACGAACAGCAGACUUUGAAUAUAACAGCAAAAAUAUGCCAUUUUUUAAUGGAGGAGACACAGCAUGUCCUUCUUCAGAUUUCCCAGUUGAAAAGGAACAAAGAGAACCUCAAAAAACAACUGGCUUUGGUAGAAGCACUGCGCUUGGAAGAUCUGAAGAUACUACAAAAAUCAGCUGAGAUUCUUUGUGACUUGAAUAUGGCAACAACUUGACCCAUCUGGAGCUGUGAUAGCUGCGGCUGAUUUGAGCUCAUUUGCCAUGGAUGUGCCUUGCUCAACUGUUUUAAUGGACCUGAGCAGCAAAGAAUAAUGUAAAAAGUCAUCAGAAUACGCCUAGUUUUGUUUACAGGGUCACACAGGACCCAGAGUCUUAUUUUGUUCUUUGCUGACCUUCUUCAGUAAUGCAAAAGGUUAGCCCACAUGCUAGGGGGGAGCACAGGUGGCUUUCAUCACAUCUCAUCCAAAUCACGCUGCUGUGAGCAAAACAGCUUCUGGGGUAAUUUGAGCAGCCCUAGGAUUGUGGGCUCCAGCAGUCCUAGACUUUACAGCUGCCUGUGUGGCUAAAGCAUGGAUCAUAGGGUCAAGCAGAUACUCCUCAGUGUGUAUUGACAGAGUGCACUUGACAGAGAGGCAGAGCACAGAGCCGCUUAUAUUUGCCCUGUACUGAUCCUUUACUUUUUCCCUGAGAUCUGUACAUGUCCCCAAGAGUUAGCAGUUCAUGCAGUGCCUGUUCAUUGCUGGGGUAAUAGAUGCGGAUUAGAGCACAGACCAGCCCUAUGGUGACCAGCUCCAAAUCAUUCCCUUUACAGUUUCAGCCCAAGUGUUUCUUGAACGUAAGGAAGUGUGAACUUCCCUCCUUUACUCUCAAAGUUCCCUCCAAACUCACUAGUUCUUGUUCUGACUCCUCCUGCUGGGAAUGAGAACUGAAAGGAUUUAUCACUUUGAACUCUUGUUUCUUGUUUGGAAGACCACCCAGGCAAUUAAUUCUGUUUCCGUUCAGUUCUGGUGAUCACACUGAGAAAUGUUCCCAUCCUGUCUACAAGGGGAUAGUCUCAUGAGCUGCCUUUCAGUAUUAGUUCUACUUAAGUAGGGAGCUUGAGUUCCCUAUGUCGUUUAGAGAAGAGAGAGACUUCUUCAAAGGGCAUUUCAGGGCAGGACCCUUAUUUAAGCUGUGUAAACUUCAUUUAUAAUUGUGAUUGGGUUGUGAUUAUUUUCCAUUUUGUGGGGAAUCACAUUUCAUAGAAUUUUUCAUUACUAU